UUGUGUUCGGUCCGUGUGCUAUUUACGUCGUAAUUAAAGUAAACUCAAAAAAACUAGCGCGUAAUUAAUUAAUCAAAUUUGUACAAAUUUACUCAAAGGUGUGCAAGUUGUUUUUUGUUGAGCGUGCGGUGACGCGAAAGCCAAUACUGACGUCGCGGCAAGAGUUGGUGACGUCGCGCUUGAGCCUAAAAAGGCGUUGACAAAACAAACUUCAAAACGGAACGCAAAACGGCUAAGCAGCAGCAGAUAUAAAAGCAAAACAACAACAAAAUAUAAUUCGGUCCUAUACGUAAAUAGGCAAAGCAGAAGCCGACCUAGAAGUUAUUUAAUAAAUAACCAUCGUUCCAGCGCUAUUCGGCCACAUUUACUCGUGUCACUGUGUCUGUGAGUCUGUGCGUCUGUGUGCCUUUGCAAAAUAACAGUGUUCAAGUGUGCGUAGCAGAAAUAGAAUUUACAUACGAACGCGACACCCACACAAAACGUACGGUAAAUGCAGCGCCGCAAAAAUGAGCAACAUAAAGCUAAACGAAAUGGUCAACGUGACACAGCAGGAUUUACACGAUCUAUUAGAAAUUUUCGAAAAAAAAUCAUUCGAGGCGGUGGCCUUUGAGGAAGGCACAACGGAGUAUGGCAUCUCAAAAAAAUGCGAAUUUCUGUUCAAGCUCGACUACAGCCUCAUUGAGCUGGACAAUACGAACGGGCUGCUGAGUCCGAGGUAUCCUGGACGCAUACUCAUACCGGAAUACGAGCAUGGGCACAUGGCCAAGACGCUUAUACCCAGCAACGGGUUGGGCGUAGCAGGAGGAUUAGGCGGAGGAGGAGGCUCAUCGGGCACAACGGCGACAGCGACGCCGCUGAACAGCAGCGUUGGCAGCAACUGCAGCAACGGAAGCACAGCUGGCAUCGGCAUCCAAGCCUUUGUGACCUUUGCCAAUCCGCUGCAGACGCAACAUCCGCAGCAGUCGGUGCCGCAGUCGCACCAGCAGCCGCAGCAGAACACCAUCUACGAGGAUCAGUAUGAUAUACAGCGCAUGCGGGAGCUGGUGACGAUGGCGAAGUAUGCGCGCUGCAGGCAGCGCUUCGCCGUGCCCGUCAUAAUGUAUCGGGGCAAAUACAUUUGCCGCUCGGCCACGCUCUCCGUGAUGCCGGAGACGUACGGCCGAAAGGUGGUGGACUAUGCAUACGAUUGCCUCAGCGGCACCAACUAUGCCGCGCCCAAUGGCGAGGAGAACGAGUCGGACACCACGGACGAGUCGCUGAUCAACCACAUUAACGACCAGGCGCAGUCGCAGUUCAGCUACGACGAGGUCAUCAAGAGCGACAUCCAGCUGCUGCACACGCUGAACGUGUCCACGAUUGUGGAUCUCAUGGUGGAGAAUCGCAAAAUCAAAUACUUCAUGGCCGUCUCCUCGUCGGAGAAGGCCGAUCCUAACAAGCACUACAAGAGCUUUAAUCUGCUAUCGCUGCCGUAUCCGGGCUGUGAGUUCUUCAAGAAGUUCCGGGACAACAACUACAUGGCCAAGAAUCUGCACUACAACUGGAAACAGUCGUUCAACGAUGCCAACAUCAACAUACCCAAUCUGGGACCCGCCGCCGACAUCGACAUCAUCUGGCCGGAGUAUCGGGACUGGGAUUUGGUCUCCAUUACACAGAACUAUCUGCGCGCCACGCUUAAGUAUAUACAGGAGGAUAACUCUGGUCUGCUGAUACACUGCAUCAGUGGCUGGGACCGCACGCCCCUCUUCGUCUCCCUGGUGCGGCUGUCGCUCUGGGCCGACGGCCUCAUCCACCAGUCACUCAACGCACUGCAAAUGGCGUACUUUACGCUAGCCUACGACUGGUACUUGUUUGGCCACCAGCUGCCCGAUCGCCUUAAGCGCGGCGAGGACAUCAUGUUCUUCUGCUUUCACGUGCUCAAGUUCAUCACCGACGAGGAGUUCAGCAUUGUGGAGCACCGCAAGCGCACCAAGACCUCCAGCAGCAGCGGCAGCAGCGUCAUUGUCAUCAAGUCCGACUGCUGCGACGACGAGCCGCUCAAGGAAGACUACAUUUUGGCCUUCGAUCAAGAUAGCAACGAUAGCUACUCAAACUGUUCCAACUGUGAUAUGUCCAUAACAGAUAACUUCUUUGCCACAACAACAACAACAACAUCAGCAGCAGCAGCAGCCACGGCGGCAACUGCACCUCCAGCGCUCGUCAAUCCGCUCACCAGUCGAUCGCCCAAUCCAAAGCGAUCCCGUACCAGCCCCAUUUCAGUGCCCGGCUCGAAUGCGCGCCAGCGCCAGGAGUCAACCUCGUCGAACGGCAGCUGGCAGGUGGUCACCGACACCGGCUCCAUAGACUCCAUGAUGAACGGCAGCUACAUGAUGCGCUUUGUGGCCCAACAGCAUCAGCAGACAGACAACAUUCCAAUGUGCAACGGCGGCAAUGGCUAUCACUGCAGCACCAACACGCCCAGCGCCUACCCCAGCGGCUAUCCCAGCGCCAGCGGCAGCAGCAACAACAGCAAUAGCAACAGCAACAGCAGCAGCAACACGCACGGUUUCAUUAAUGGUUCCUCCAAGGAGGCGGGCAGCGCCAGCGCAGCCGCUUCCAAGCAAUCCAUCAAUCUACGCAAGCAACGGUUGAACGCGGUUCGGGCCAUAUUCAUACAGGCGUAUGGGAAAACGAUUGGACUGAAAUUCAAGGAGGGCUCCUCAAUGAACCUGGCCACGUUCAUUGGGAAUCUGGCGGAUCAGCUGUUUUAGAGUGUGACUGGCACUGGAACUGAACCGUGCGUGCACCCGAUGAAAGUAUGCCACA